AUGAGUCAGCUCGCGGCGUACAAAAAGAUGAAAGUCCAGGAGCUCCGCGACGCGUGCGAGGAGAAAGGCCUGGACGCGACCGGACUGAAGGCUGUCCUCCUCGAGCGCCUGGAAAAGUCCCUCGCGAGCGACGCCGACGCCGACGCCGACGCCGCCGGCGGCGACGACGACGCGCCCGCGGAGAACGACGACGAUCUCGAAGACGUCCCCGACGACGACGCGCCCGCCGCGGCCGCGACCGCCGGGGACGACGAUCUCGUCGACCCGGACGACGCCCCCGCGACGGAGAACCCCGCGUCCGCCGGCGCGCCCGCGACGAACGCCGGCGCGAACGACGCCGCAGGGGUGUCGCUCGAGCCGAAAACGAAGGUGGCGCAGACGCCGGAGCGGCUCGCGGCGACGGAGGCGGCGCGCGCCGCGCUCGUCGCCGCGAUCGAGGAGGACAUCGAGAAGCGUAAGCAUCGCGCGGAGCGCUUUGGGAUGCCGUUCGUCCUGAGCGAGCUCGACGAGACGCGUCUGCGGUGCGCGAAGGAGGGGAAACCGAUGCCGGGCAGCGCCGAGGAGGCGGCCACGAGACGCGAGGCAAAGGCACGGGGCCGCGCCGAGCGAAAGCAGAAGAAACGGGAGAGCGGAGGUCGGGGUCAGGGUCAGGGUCAGGGUCAGGGUCAGGGCGGCGCGGGGGCCGAAGCGAAAGCGAAAGCGAAAGGCGAUGCGUGCCGCAACUGCGGAAAGAAGGGUCACUGGGCGAGAGACUGCUGGGCCCCCGGCGGCGGCAAAGAGGGCCAGGGCGGCGGCAGAGGCGGCGAGAAGAGAUCGAAGCCGGAAACCGCCCCCGACCGCGCGACGGGCGACGACGCGGAGCGAAAGAAAGCCCGCGCCGAACGCUUCGGCACCGGCGAGACGCUCAGGGCGUUGGACCCGGAGUUUGAGGCCAAGCUCGCCGCGCGCGCGGCGCGAUUCGCGGAGGACGCGCCGUGA